AUGGCAGCCCUGGAAGCCAGAGUAUCCAAGCAGCAGUCAGUGGCUGAAGGUCUCUGCUCCAACCAGAAGGCCAUAAAAUACUUGGGCCAGGACUCUGAGACUCUGAGAGAACAGUGCUUGGACUCAGGGGUCCUUUUUAAGGACCCGGAGUUUCCAGCAUGUCCAUCAGCCUUGGGCUUUAAGGACCUUGGCCCAUCCUCCCCCGAAACUCAAGGCAUCGCCUGGAAACGGCCCAUGGAACUGUGUCCCAGCCCUCAGUUUAUCGUUGGUGGAGCUACGUGCACAGACAUUUGUCAGGGUGGUCUGGGUGACUGCUGGCUUCUGGCGGCCAUCGCCUCCCUCACCUUGAAUGAAGAGCUGCUUUACCGGGUGGUUCCCAAGGACCAGAGCUUCCAGAAGAACUAUGCUGGGAUCUUUCAUUUUCAGUUCUGGAAGUAUGGAGAGUGGGUGGAGGUGGUCAUUGAUGACAGACUGCCCACCAAGAAUGGGAAGCUGCUUUUUCUACACUCUGAAAAAGGCAAUGAAUUCUGGAGUGCACUGCUGGAGAAAGCCUACGCCAAGCUCAGUGGUUCCUAUGAGGCACUCGCUGGAGGGUCCACAGUGGAGGGUUUUGAAGACUUCACAGGUGGCAUCUCUGAGUUUUAUGACCUGGAGAAUCCACCAGCCUGUCUGUACCAGAUCAUCCGGAAGUCUUUCCGCGCGGGGUCUCUGCUGGGAUGCUCCAUCGAUGUCUCCAGAGCAGCUGAAGCGGGAGCCGCCACCAGUCUGAAGCUGGUUAAGGGUCACGCGUAUUCUGUCAUUGGAGUUGAAGAGGUGGACUUCCGUGGCCGUCCAGAGGAGCUGAUCAGACUCAGGAAUCCGUGGGGUGAAGUGGAGUGGACAGGAGCCUGGAGCGAUGAUGCACCAGAGUGGAAGUAUAUAGAUCCCAGGCAGAAGGAAGAGCUGGACAAAAAAGCUGAGGAUGGAGAAUUCUGGAUGUCUUUUUCAGAUUUCUUGAGGCAUUUUUCUCGACUGGAGAUCUGCAACCUGUCCCCAGAUUCUCUGUCCAAUGAGGAAGUGCACAAGUGGAACUUGGCUUCGUUCAACUGCUGCUGGACACGGGGCUCCACCACCAGGAGCUGCCAGAAUGACCCAGCCACAUACUGGACCAAUCCCCUGUUCAAGAUCCAUUUGGACGAGGUGAAUGAUGACCAUGAGGAGAGCAUUGCUGAACUCUGCUGUGAGGUGCUUCUGGGUCUGACGCAGAAAAAUCACAGGUGACAGAAGAGGACAGGACAGGGCAUACUUAAUAUCGGCUAUGCCCUCUACUGGGUAUCCCAGUCUGCACAGUCACAUGCUGUGCACCUGGGCCGGGACUUCCUCCUGGACCAGCAGCCCCCCUCUGGCUCCAGCACCCACCAACCUACGGGGUCUCCGGGCCGGCCAGCUCCCCCCGGGGAGUACCUGGUGGUGCCGUCCACCUUCCAGCCCUUCAAGGAUGGCGAGUUCUGUUUGAGGGUGUUCUCCGAGCAGAGGGCUGAGGCCCCAGAAAUUGGGGAUGUUGUAGUUGGAAACUCACAUGAGCCACAUCCCAGUGAGAGCCUGUUUGAGAAGCUUGCAGGGCAGGAUUACAAGAUCAAUGCCCAAGAGCUCAAGAAGGUUCUGAUGGGGUGUUUCCCAAGUUGGCUGUGCCGCCUAUCGGGCAGACCUGGGUGUGGAGUUCGGUGA